CUAUCUAAAGAUCUGAACAGUUGGAAAAGCAGAAGAGAAAGGUGGAUGUCAUCUGAAAAAAAUGAAAGAGAGAAGGUAUGGAGAACUUGGUGACUGGCUCCGGCCUUCCUCCGCUCUUUGUGGAUGAAGAUGGAUCUAAGGAAGGUAGUGAAAUUACUGUAACUGGAUUAGCUCAUUCUGAGAGUUCAUUCAGUGGUGGAACUUCACAGUCUGUGAAUAACCCAGAUUUGGUGGAGGAUUUGUCACAAGCCCAGCAACUGCAAAAUGAGUCCUCUAAUACUGCUGAAAACACAGAGCCGAAGCCUGAGGAGGAGCAGCAAAGAACUAAACGAGGAGGCUGGGCCAAAGGGAGAAAGAGGAAGAAACCCCUUAGGGACAGCAAUGCCCCCAAAUCCCCCCUCACAGGGUAUGUGCGAUUCAUGAAUGAGCGUAGGGAGCAGCUUCGAGCGAAGAGGCCUGAAGUUCCUUUCCCAGAGAUCACCAGGAUGCUGGGCAAUGAAUGGAGUAAACUGCCUCCCGAGGAGAAACGGCGAUACCUUGAUGAAGCAGACAGAGAUAAGGAGCGUUACAUGCGGGAGCUGGAGCAGUAUCAGAAGACUGAAGCCUACAAAGUCUUUAGCAGGAAAGCACAGGACAGACAAAAAGGGAAAUCACACAGACAAGAUGGAGCAAGACAGCCGGUCCAUGAUCAUGAGGUAAGCCUCUUCAUUCUGCGGCUCGGUGGGUACAUCUUCAGAAGAAAGUCUCUACUGGAAUCAAUAAAAAGUUUAUGCCAGCUGAUGAAAUAA